AAUAAUUGUGCUUGCUUUCAGCCACGCGGGUUAUUCAUAUUGCGGAGCGUGCGGAGCGUGCGCAGCCUUCGCCUACAGACAAGUCAGCCCUGUUGUUGUGAAGCGCGUGUUUAUCCUAGGCGCGUCGCAUUACGCCCGGAUGGGCGAAUGUGCUCUGUCCUCGCUCGACAAAUAUCAAACUCCGCUCUACGAUCUCACCAUAGACAAACAGAUAUACGCGGAGUUGGAGGCGACGCGUCAGUUCGAAUGGAUGGACGUGGAGACGGACGAAGACGAGCGUUCUAUAGAGAUGCACCUACCGUACAUCGCCAAAGUUAUGGAGGAGUAUAAAACCGGUUUCACAAUCAUACCAAUUUUGGUCGGCUCUCUAACGCCGGAAAAGGAGGCCAAAUAUGGUGCAAUCCUGGCCCCCUACCUGGCUGACCCGCAGAAUUUACUAGUGAUCUCCUCCGACUUCUGCCACUGGGGCUCGAGGUUCCGGUACACUUGGCGCGACUCGUCCAGGGGACCCAUCCACCAGAGCAUCGAGUGGCUCGACAAACAGGCUAUGGACAUAAUUGAGAAGAUGGAUCCGCGCGCGUUCACAGAGUAUAUAAAAAAGUAUAGCAACACGAUAUGCGGCAGGCAUCCCAUAGGCGUGCUACUGCAGGCAAUAUCGAAGCUUCAAUCGCAACAGAACGCACCAAGAAUGUCCAUGAAAUUCCUAAAAUACGCCCAGUCGUCGCAGUGCGUGAACCCGCAGGACUCGUCCGUGUCGUACGCCAGUGCCUCCCUCGUGUUCGAGUAGGCCGCACCCGCCGCAUCAUCCCGUUGAAACUCACCGGCGAAAAUCCCGCGGGAUUCCGCGAUUUUUUUUGUGAAGUUAGUGACGAUCUCUUAGAAUGUUGUUGUUGGUAAAUCGAUCCCGGGAUUGGAAAGUGUUGUCACAAUUCAUAAAAAAUUUUGAAAUGGUUAGUUGAUUGAUUAAAAAAAUUAAUUAAAAGGACAGUGUAAUAAAGUGUCCUUUUUUUUUAAUGUUUGACCCAUUCAUUAAUUAUUGUGUCAAACAUUGAUAAUCAUUAAUUAAAAACAAAAAGAUGUCAAACAAAUGUUCCACAUGGGUACUGUUAUGUUGUCGAAAACAAAUAAAUUGUACAUUUAAUUAAAUUUCAAAUAAAGAAGGCGCCGUGGGAUUUAUUUUCUAUUAAAACAUAUAAAAAAAUAACAAAUGUUUAAUUUUUUUUUUUUCAAUACAAUUUAAUGAAAAUGUAAUUAAAUUUUGUUGAAGCUAUCAUAAAAGUACGUUCUAAACAAAAUUAGGAAUAAAUCUUUUUUUUUUAUACAACUUAGAAUGGCAAACAAGCUGACGGCCCACCUGAUGGAAAGUGGUAACCGUCGCCUAUAGACAUGAGCAGUACCAUGAACAUAACAGAGUAUACCGUUACGCCCAUGAUACCCCCCAUGCGUUGCCAUUCCUGAGGACUCAGGUGUUAUUCCUCUGUACCGUGUAAAUUGACGCCAUAUCCCACCCUUCAAACCGAAACACAGCCAUGCUUCACGGUUCAAAUACGAAUGGGACAGAGAUACCCAAGCAAUCGACUUUUAUACAAAGUCUCCCUCUGGUGAUCUAUAUUCAAUCGAUAAUCAACAUUCAAUUUAUCGAUUCUCGAUUGUUCGAUCGGACAUCACUAGGCUGUCUCGGGAGGGCGAGGGGGAAUCGAUUAAUUUAGUUUACAUUCUCAUUAAAUUAUUAUGAAAAAAAUUACAUAUUUGUUAAUUUUUAAUAAUGCUUAAAUAGAGGACAAGUUCCACGGCACUUUUUAUUAAAACUUAAGUUCUGUGGGAACACGGCGAGGGCAAGCACGAAAGAUCGUGUAAAGGGCUCCAGGAUUUUCUGCCUGAAAAAGCCCAACAUUCAAUUAAUAAGUUAAGAAAUAAAUUUAGAAGCACAGUACCACAGAAUCGGCCUCAUUAUAAUGCACCUACAGUCGCCUCGUUCUUUGCCUUCUUCCUACCCGUAUCCCAAUUAUUAUAUGGGGUCGGCGUAAUGUUUUUUCCAUAUUAAAAGGCCGGCAGCACACCUGCAAUGCCGCUGGUGUUGUGAGUGAUCAUGGGCGGCGGUAGUCACUUACCAUCAGGUGAGCCGCAUGCUCGUUUGCCCCGUGUUGUAAAAAAAAAUAUUACAAAAUGAAAUUGACUUAGUUUUACGACCGGCCGCCUGCCUGACCUCAACCCUCUUUUGGGAAAGCACUUGUUGGUGGUAUUCGCCACCUUUCCGCCUCUUUACCAUGGGAACGAAAUAAUGCGCUUACGCAUCGUAUGUGUACUGUGUUACCACAUAAAUAAAUAUAAGUUAUUAAACUAAAAUCUAUAUCGAAUCGUAAGAUCUGGAACUUUAUAGUUUUAUUAAAAAAAAAAAUACAAAUCUGUAUUGAUUGCUCUGUAAUUAGAUUUAAUUGGGAGCCUUUUUAGAAACAAGAAAGUUUUUUCUUUUAUUUAAUGUGUAAACCCAUAAACCCUUAAUAAAAAAAAAUAAAAAAAACUAAUAAUGUUACAUUAUUUUACUGUCUUUUAAACUUGGCAUAUAUGUAUCGUAAAAGUCUGUUAAAUAUAAAUAAAUAAUAAUAAAUAAAUAUAAAGAUGAAUUCUAAACUCCACCAAGCGUAAACAAUCUUCACUAUCCACACUUGUUUUUUUAUACAACUUAGAAUGGCAAACAAGCUGAUGGUCCACCUGAUGGAAAGUGGUAACCGUCGCCUAUAGACAUGA